AAAACAAAUCAAAUAUUUCGCAGAAAUUUGUUCCCCUUUACAGUACUGGUGAUAAAUUAUACUACUUAGUAACUGAAAAAAAAAAGAAAAAAAAAUUACUUUUGGGCCAAGUAGUACAAUUACUCAUGAUAUUUUGCAUGCUGAAAAUUAUAAAAUCAUCUUUUAAUGAUGUAAUUCUUUUCUCUUACACAUUUGCUUGUUGUUUUUAUCAAGUGAAUUUGUUUAAAGAAAUUAUACAAUUAUUUUUUAGAUGUUUAUCCUAAAUUUUUGGCUUUGGCUGAUUGUAGCACUUUGUCUUGCUACAUUUGGUUCCAUGAAAUGUAUUGCUAUCCUAAUAAGCUUUUUAGUUCUUAUAGUAAGUUUCUUCAUUGUGUGCCAUGUGCAAAGCAAAAUGACAAUUGUUUAUAAACUCAAUAGUAAAAGAAAAGUAAAAUAUCCCAGCUGUCUGCUACAGAUAAAUCCUACUAAAUACGAACCAAAACAGCUCAAAAGAGACCAGAGGCUAACAGGAUCCAGUAUGAUAGAUGAUCCUUUACAAGAGGUAUUAAACUUUGCAUUUAGGGAUUAUAUUAACACCUGGUAUUCUCACCUAUCUACUGAUGAAGAAUUUCUCUUAUGUUUAAAAGAACUUGUAAGGAAAGUAAUUGUAGCCUUUUCCAACAGAUUCAAAGAAGUUGAUUGGGUUCCAUAUUUAACUACAAAACUAGUUGAUGAUUUUGCUUCUCAUCUUCGCCUUUUUAGACAAGCUCAAUCCAAACUAAAAGAUUCACAGAGAAAAGAUCCUACUGCAAAUGUAAGUUUACUGUCUCUGUUUUUCACCUUUGAAACUGCAAUGGAAGAUAACCUGAGUCGUAAUUUAGUCAGUACUUCUCAGAAACAUGAACUUGAAUACUUACAAGAGCUUUGUGAAGUGAUCAUGUAUAUAGUGUUGCCACCUGAAGAUUUUCAAAAUUUAGUUUCAAGAUUAAUUUUAAGAGAAAUCAUUGUCAGUGCUGCAGUUUUGCCGAUCAUAAAUCUUGUAUCUGAUCCUGAUUAUAUUAAUCAGAUAAUAAUUUGGCUAUGCAAGGAUACUGUUUUAACUACAGAUGGUUUUUUACUUGUCAUAAGAUGCACUGAUAAUAUUGGUGAACUUCAAGCUGUUCUUGAGAUGGUCAAUCAUGAAAUUGCUAUUCAAAGAUCAAAAGACACCGGUGGAGAUGAUGAUACUGAUAUAAAGCAACAACUUAGCAGCUUAUUUUAUGUACAAAAAGUUGUGGAGACACAAAUGAGGAGACUCAGGGAGGGCACUGUUGAUACAGAUUCUACGGGUAUGCCUUCUGGUAUUGACUGGAAGGUGUUAAAUGAACCAGAUGUCAAACUGAUCUCACUCCAUUUUGAUGUAGUUUUAACUAAUAAUAUUGCUUUGCAUUAUUUCACUGAUUUUAUGAGUGCUCUAUCUGCUCAAGGUUUUGUAUUUUUCUAUCAUUCAGUAGAGAGCUACAAAGUAUCAGCAGAACAAAUGCUCUCCCAAGUAAAGUUAGCUCAGCUCACCAAGCAAUCUACUACACCUGCUGACUUUGAAUGUUUGCGGGAAGCUGCUGUACGCAUUUUUGACCUUUAUUUAUCUGAUAAGGCUACGCUGAGAGUCCGAUUAGAUGAACCACUCUUAAAAAAAUUAGCUAACAGGAUCCAUACAGAGCAACCUAGUCCCUCUUGGUUUGACGAAUCACAGAUGAAGGUAUAUGAAAUAAUGCAAGAAGAGCAAUUUUUUCCUGCUUUUAAAAAAAGUCAAAAUUACAUUAAACUACUUGCUGAAUUAGAUUUGCUAAAAGAGGGAAAUGCCAAGCCUGAAGAUGACAGUCUUUACUGCAGUCCGAAAUCAGGAAAUAAAGGUAGUUCAGAUGACAUUUCACUGUCAGAUAGCAUUAGUUUAAGUUCCUUGGACCCUGAUGAUUAUGGGAUAGAUUACACAGUACCUGAAGCAACCUCGCCUGGUGUUAUUUCCCCUACAGCAAUACCAGAAGAUGUCAAUUUAGAGGAAUGUGAUAUAUCAGCCCACAUUUUUAACAUGGGUAUCAACAAUGAUUCCGGAUCUCCAUUUGCUGUGUAUGCCAUCAUUGUUAAUCGCCGUGAUCCAAAUGGUGUAGAAGAUCAGUGGACUGUUGUUCGAAGAUACAGCGAUUUUAGGGAUUUUCAUUUUAAUGUUGUUCAAAAGUUUCCUCAUUUAAACAACAUGCAGUUCCCUGGGAAAAAAACCUUCAACAAUUUGAAUCCUAAUUUCUUGGCAAAGCGCACAAACCAACUCUCUGGAUAUCUACAGUGCCUCAUUAAUCCUGAGAUGUUGCAGUCUAAUGUGGGGCUGAAAACUCUUUUGCUGCAAUUUUUAGAACCAAAAGCUUAUGAAAAGGGGAAAAAACCCUUAGCAAAAAAAGUUGAUGCUCUUGUUAAUCCUUUGUGCUCAUCAAUGAAGUCUGUUGGUCACAUUGUAAAAUCUGUUCCGGAUUCCUUUAUGGAUGGACUCAAAGACGGCAUUGUAAAAAUUUUAGGAAAUCGCAGUGCUUCCCCUACUGAGGAAACUUCAUCUGAAACUUGUAAAGUUGCUGCUGGCCUUGAUGUGGAAGGUGAAGAUAACAUUCCCCUUCGAAUUUUAUUGCUAUUGAUGGAUGAGGUGUUCGAUUUGAAAAGCAAAGAUCAAUGGUUUCGUAAAAGGAUUGUGAUUCUUUUGAGGCAAAUCAUCAAUGCCACUUAUGGAGAUGCAAUAAAUAGGAGGAUCAUACAUUUUGUUCAAAAAUCUACAUCAGCUGAACAAAUGUCUGAGUACAUAAAGGCUUUCAGGCAAGCAAUGUGGCCAAAUGGAUUACUAGCAAUUCCCAAUCCAGAUAGAGAUUACAAAACAAAAAUGAGAAGUAGAGUGGUUGCAAAGCUCCUGUUGCUGUGCUCAAUACCAGAUGAGUUAAAACAUGUAAUUGGCAGUGAAACUACACGUAAAGGAAUCUUAUGUGUUUUUGAAUUGUUCCAAAAAUCUGAGUUAAACAGAAGGUUCUUUUAUGUUCUUCUUGAAGGCAUUCUUGAAAUCUUGUUCCCAGGGAACAAUUUGUCUGUUAUUAUACGAAGGUUACACAGCAGGUCAUCAUAUUCAUUCUUUGAUCAAAAGGAACAAUUGCAAGUUAGUCCUGUCAUAGAAAGAAAAAAUCCUUUGAACAGGUGACAAAAUCCAAAACAGUAUUAAUUGUGACAUGUCUCUUUUGUGUGAAUACUGUGGCUGUAAUGUGAAACAUUUACAUGUCUUUCAUAACUUUGUAGUUGCAUGUAUAUAAUGCAGUGAUUCUGAUUUUCCUCCACUUCCCUUUCCUGUGAUAUUACUUGUCUGAUUCAGUGACAAGUUUUUAUUUAUUAAGAAAAUAAUAUUCUUAUACAAGAAGUCUUAUCUUUUAAUGUUUAAAAUGAUUAUUUGUUUGUUCAGCUACAUAACAAUGUUUUAAAAUGUUUUUGUUAUAUAUGUCUCAAGCAGCAUAUAAUCAUAGAUAUUUUUAUUAUUGUUAUUAUCAUCACUAUUAUCUAUAUAAGUAGUUAUUUGUUUUAAAUAUUUGAAUAAUUGUGUAUUAACUCUAGUGUAUUUCGCCCAUCAUGUUGAAAAUAUGUAAAGUAAGGAUUUCUAGAUCCUUCUAAUAAUUUGUCAAGCAAAUUAAAAAUAUAUAAUUUUAGAUAUUAAUACAGAAUAAUGUUAAAGGAUUAAAUCACUUUCUAUUCAUAAAAAAAUAAUUAAUGAUGUUAUAAGUUUAAAAAAGAAAAUUGAAAACAUUAUUUAGGCAGAUAUUUCGAGGGUUUUUUUUUUUUUUUUUUUUGCAAUAUUUCCGGAAGAAUGAAUUCCAUUUUUUAAAAAAAGUUUUAUACUUUAAUAAUAGCCAGCAUUUUCUUUUCCUUUGUUUCCAAACCUCAGUCAAAUUCUAAUUUUUCCACAUUUUCAAGUUAAACAUAAUGGGAUAUUAUUUUGGCUUUGAUGAAAUAAAAAACUUCAGUCUUACAUUCAUUGAGGACAUUGUGUCAAAAAUGCUUUUUCAUUUUUUUUUCUCACAUCAUGACCAACAGAUAAUAAAAUGAUUGAAAAGUAAAUUUCCAUCAAAAAAUUGUUUUCCAAUUAAAAUAUUAGUGUCAUUUGCUUUUUAUUGAACUAGUUUUGAUGUCUUUCUCAAACUGUCUAUUUUAUUAAGUAUUCCUACAAUUUUUUGUGCAUGUUUAAUGUCUUAUCAUGUUGAUUCUAAAUUUUGUGCCAGUUCUGAAGAUUCAAACAAUCGGCAUCGACCCCAUCGGCCAAAAAAUGACAUCAGUCGAGCCCUAUAAGUAGUUAAUUUAUAGACUGUACUGAUAAUCUACACACACAAAUUUUCAAUACAUACAAACAUACUCUCUGCACAUUAACUUAUGUAACUUGGCUAAACACAUGCAAAAACAUUAUCUACAUAGUUGAAAGGAAAAAAAAAA